AACUGUUGCCGGGUCAAAGCGACAGCUGCAGCCGUUGUUCGCAGCACCAUGGCGGCCGUGCGCAGCUUACGGGUGUCGGUGAAAUCAGACAGCGGCUCGGACCGCUCGGAUUCGGGCUCCGAGUCGGAGCGGGAUACCCGCGAGGCCGAGCCGAUGGAGGUGGAGGUGGAGGAGGGGGAGCUGGAGGCCGACGACGACGACGUCUCCGUGAACCGCUCUUUGAAGGAGCUGCUGCCGGACACAAGUCGCAGGUAUGAAAACAAAGCUGGAGCCUUCAUCACAGGCAUCGACGUCACCUCCAAGGAGGCAAUCGAGAGGAAAGAGAAGCGAGCGAGACGUUUCCAUUUCUGUGGCGAGGAGGAGAGCGUUGUCCAGAGAAAUGUGUUCCUCCACAAAGACACCAUGAAAAAAGCGAUCCCCAGACUCCGCCUGGAGGCCAUUUAUGUGACAGGCGUGGACGACAUGAGCACGCAGGACGUCUUUGGAUACUUUAAGAAUUAUCCUCCAGCGCACAUCGAGUGGAUUGACGACACGUCCUGUAACGUGGUGUGGUUGGACGACGACACCUCUGUCCGAGCACUUAUCAACAGCAGCCGGAUGCCCGACCCGGACACCAUUACCACUGAGACGGAGAGCAGCGGUGAGCCGGGUGAGGAGAGCAAAGGUCAGGGAGGUCAGGGAGGUCAGGGGUCAGACGACGAAGACUGCGAAGAGGAGGGUGAGGUGGAUGAGGACGUGGAGCAGACGACGAAGAAGAGCAGAGAAGAGAAGGACAGCAACGGAGAGGUGGAGCAGAAGACGACGACAGAGGGCGAACAGGUGGACGAUCUGUCUCGAGCAGAGAGAGUGUCUCUGCUGAGGAACGACCUGCGGCCGGUGAUCAAACCUUUCAGAGGAAACAAACUCCUGCUGCGCUUCGCCACACACGAUGAUAAGAAAGAACUCGGCGCCGCUCGCCGCAGCAGAUACUACAUGAAGUACGGGAACCCAAACUAUGGAGGAAUGAAAGGAAUCCUGAGCAACUCCUGGAAGAGACGUUUCCACAACCGUCGGAUCCAGCGAGACGUCAUCAAGACUAAAAAACCUCUGAUUGGAGACAGUCUGGGUCACACGCCGCCGUACACGCACCGACACUCAGCUGACCUGGUUAAUCUGCCUGAAGAACCCAUCAAAGAGGAAGAGGAGGAAGAGGAGGAUGGGGACGAGGACAUGGAUUCAGACGACAGAGUGGUGGAGUAUAAAGAGCGCGGCGAAAAGGGCGUGCGCCUGAUGGGGGCGGGGCUUCGCGCCCGGACAGAGCGCUCUCCAUCACCAUGGUCGGAGUCGGACGAGAUGGAUUACGACCUGGAGUUGAAGAUGAUCUCCACGCCGUCGCCCAAGAAGAGCAAGAAGAUGACGAUGUAUGCCGACGAGCUGGACACGCAGCUCAAGGGUAUCAGGAACCGUCUCGGAGGUUCAGGAUCUCAGACCAAGACCAAAUCACCGUCGCCGCCCAAAGUGACCGACGUCCGGCAGCUGCUGGAGGAAAAGAGACAGGGACACGGACAGCGCUCCCCGGUGGCCAGCAGUGGGAAGACAGAUGUUCGGCAGCGGCUCGGAAAGAGGCAGCGCUCGCCCUCCUCCGACUCCCCCAGGGACACACCCCCAGCCAGAGAACCAGUCAGGGACAUUCACCGCAGACUGGGCGUGGCCAAUCAAGACAACAGGGGCGUGUUCUCAACCAACGCGUCCAAGGAGAGGAAGACGAGUGGACUGUGGAGCAGACUGGGCUCGGCCGAAGACGACAGUGGUGGAGGUGGUGCCGGACGCCAGAGCUGCCGACCCUCCUCCUCCUUGGCGACAUCGUUGGGGCGGGCCAGCGACGGCGGCGCGAAACAACGAGGUGACAGAGACGCGGAGGGAGGAGAGGAGGAGGCGCCGCCGGCGGCAGAGGAGGAGGACGACUCGACGCUGCAGAAGAUGUGGGGCGCCAUGAUCAAACAGAAGCAGGAGCGCGUCACGCACAAGACGAAGAAGAGUCGACUGGACAACCUGCCGUCGCUGCAGAUCGAGAUCAGCCGCGACAGCAGUGACGACUCGGAAGCCUGAGCGUGAGGAAGACACGAUGCUGAGGCCAGGACGGGGACCGAGAGACGGAACACGGAGACGUCUUUCAUGGGAACGGUUUGUUGUUUUUGGUUUGGAUUCUACAGGAAGUCUGAUUCAGACUCAACUGAUCGUGUCUGACGUUGACAGUCGAUCGUAGGCCUCAUGAUGUGUUCGCACUGAAUUGGAAGCUUCUUCUUUUUUUUUUCGUCCUCUGUGGCAUUACUGUGGUUGUUGGAUCAGUUGUGUUCUGGACUGAACCGAACCGUUCUGAUACACUGAAGCAAACGAGGGGAACUUCGUGUCUGUGUAAAACCACCGUCGGCCGACCUCGCGGUCACAUUUUCACUCUCCUUAAUAUCUUCACGUCCGGGUUAAACGCCACAACAACUUAUUCCAGUGUCUGAAGACUCAAACUCCUGAGACAUUCACGGUGUCCUUGUCCUCCCUGUGGACACUGGUUGAAUAACAGGGACAGACGAGCAGAGACUUGAUGGGAAAUGUCCAAUCAUGUCCAUUGUUUUUGGUUUUUAUAUGGAUCAGUAUCGCAGAUGAUUAAAAGACCAGUGUGGAGGAUCUUAGUGGUGAUCCCCAAAUGUUUGGUUUGUCCUUUUUAAGCUUUUUUUUUUUCCAUAGACUCCUAGCAUCCAACAUGGCCGACUCUGGACGUCAUGCCGCUCAUGUCUACACAGACUCUGCAGAGAGUCCUUCACACUGGAACUUUAAUGUAUGAGAAGCAGGUGUGUGGGUGCAAGUGGACUGAGCAGCUCGAGUGAAACAGGAUUAAAUUGGCUCAUCAGUGUUUUAGGGCCGAGGCUAACGGUUGUUUCACCUGUCGACCGUUUUCACGAUUGUUUGGUCCAUGAAAUGUCCGAUCAGUGUUUGUCAAACCUGGAGAUGAUG